AAAAAUAUAGAACAAAAAACUGUUAACUUGGCACCCAAAAAGCUAAGGAAUAAACAAAGGAGUCUAAUUUGUCCAACAAAAGAUCCGGGAAACCAAUGUGUCCACAGCCAAAAACAUCAUGCUUUUUACAGCUAACAUCAACUAGUCCUUUCUUUCUUUCUUUCUUUAAUCCAAGCAAGUACCCUCGAGCUCUGUGACCACUGGAAUCCACAAUUAAAUAACAUUCCGAAUUUUCGGUUUUCUCCUCCAUACAUUUACUGUUUUCCAAGCAUACCCCUCACUCCUGGAAACCCUAACUUCGCCUACGACCCCAUUAAAAACCCUAGUGCUUCCGCAUUUCUCUCCUCCAUCUUGCAAGACCCAAGCUCCGUUUGCCCAAAAUGGAUAGUUUCGGGUCGGAUUGUGGGUACGUUGGAGGCGACCGGAGGCUCGAGGUGGUGAGUGGAAAGGGGUUCGGUUCCAACCAGGUCUACGCGACUGGGCCUGGCUCGUCGGAUCUGCCACCAGUUCCGCGCAGAGUGACUCGAUCGAGUCAGCCGGCGUCGAAGCCGUGGGGCUUCAACGACCCCGAAAGGAAGAGGAAGAAGAGGAUCGCCAUGUAUAAGGUUUAUACGGUCGAGGGGAAGGUCAAGGCUUCGUUGAGGAAAGGGCUACGUUGGGUCAAGAACAAGUGCUCUCAGAUCGUCCAUGGAGAUGGGUACUAAAUUCUAUUAAACGAUCGAACGGCGUAGAUCAUGCCACGUCUUACCAGACCCAUCGUCUGGUGGUCCCGGAUUCUGAUGUGGCAGGAUCUAGUGGGAUCCUCCUUCAUUCUGUCCACAUUUUUUUUUUUUUCAAAAAGAAAGUUCAAUCUAUAUAUAAUUCUUUUUCUUU